GAGCGAGUCAAUCUUCCAAGAGUGAAAAAUCUGCAUUCGUACUAGUGUUUAUAAAAGUUAUUCCUUGACUCUGUAACCGUGUUCGUGAGAACCUCCGGAGGGAAAGGAAAAACACCCACUUAUUGUGAAAACGUGUGGAAAACGCAUAAUUGUACUCUACGAAAUACGAUAUGCAUGUCGUCACAUCGCCUCCUCGCUACUAGUCAUUAGUGUCAGUACUGUUUUGUAAAUGCAGAGAGUGUCACAUCAGACGCACUAGCGCACGCACGGAUCGUGGCACGGUUGACUUGUGGUGACGAUUGUGAAAAACGUCGCGCAAAUUGCGUUCAGUUUUUCAGUGAUGCAGUUUGUGCACCGCAGCUUCUUGUGAGGUAGCAACACGUGAAGCUGUGUCUAGUGAUGAGCGGUAUUCUAUGAAGGUAGAGAUAAAGUGAAAAAGAAUGAUUACUACGAGAGUCGAAAAGUGCAAUAAAACGAAAAAUGCUGUAAAGUUUAGCUGGCGAAAUUAAAAGCGUCUGUCGGCAGCAGAUACUUUCACGUGACACGGCUACCUUGCACAAACUCAAAUUCAACCUGGCGUCCCACGUAUAAUGGAAAAUCGCAAUGUCCGCGAUCGGAACAACAACAAUGUAACGGCUGUCCUACCGAACGGAACUGUCCUGCGUAAGCUUCCAUCGAAAAAAGGCGACGAGUGUCUGUUAUGCUGGAAGGAAGCCCGUAGUCCGAAGUGUCUAUGUCCCAAGUGUUCGAAGCAAUACUGUUUUCAGUGCAUUAGAAAAUGGUUAACGGACAAUAAAACCAAGUCCAGUGAGUGCCCUAACUGUAAGUGCAAACUACCGAUCGAGGAUCUUGUUCGCUGUGCCACAGAUCUAUUGACGAACGGAAGAACGGACUCCAAUGUCUCCGAUUGUGGAAAACUAGAUCGACCAAACGGUGCAGAGUCUGGCACCAUAAAACUCGUCGUGAAAGUGAUUGAAAAUGAUUCUCUCAAUGGGCGAUUUAUGAACGGGAAUGCAGCUACCACUGAAUCAAUGGUUAAUGGUGUCGUACCGGGUAAAAUGCUUGCCAUCAAUGGGCGCCAAACGAAGAAAACGAAGGAUGUAAACAAAAAACAGCAGAAUCAACUGAAUAACUCAAAGGGCAAAUCGUCGGAAACGGAAUCAAAGCCUAAAGCUUUAGCCAAUGGCAUUGUGAAUAAGGAAGAGAAGAUUGUAGAAGUUUAUCUAAAUGAAGAGAAUGGAAACGAGUCAUCAGAAAAAGAUGCAUUUCAGCAUCGUAAGAAUGGUUUCAAGAAAUCUAUUCCGGCAACCAGAAAGGUUGUAUCCGAAGCGGUAGCAGAGAACACAAUCGGACCAAAUACCAAUGGACACAGUGUUUUGCUGGAAACGUCACCGAUUCCAUCAGAAGAUGACCAGGGCGGCAACAAACUCUUAUGUACAUUACAUUCACUGCCACUAAUUUUAUUUUGCUUAUCCUGUAAUUGCUGCAUCUGCGAAACAUGUGCCUUCCGGAAUGGUCUGCAUUCGAAUCACUCGUUCCAAAACGUGGCUAAGCUCUACGACAAUAAAUUGGAAAGAAUUAGUCAGGAACUUGCCUCUGUAACGGCCUACUUGGAACGAAAUGGACAAAUCAUCCAGAGUAUAGAACGAAGUAUCGAAGUUGUGAAGAGUUCCAAAUCUCGCAAACUUCAGGAAUUGAGCCGAUUGCUGCAUUCUGAAGCAGAAUGUGUCGAACGGCAAAUCAACCGAAAGUUGACACUUCUCGAAGACCAGAAAGAUGCCAUUGCCAAUGAAAUCUUCCGAGUGACGUCUGCUUACAACAAACUGGAAACCGAACUGAAAGCUUGCUCAAAGCCGGAAUUGCUGACGAAAGAUAGUGAGUUUCUCAGAAGAUGCAGUCUUUUGGUGGAAAAUCCGGAUGGGCCAAUUGUUCUUCAGCCAGUGCCGACCGAUUUGGAAUGUGACUUCAUUCCGGAGUUCCGAUCCGAAGUUUUCAUUGUCAAAGACUACCAGGCGAUCGAACCGAUCGAGGAGUGCCGUACUUCCGAUGUCCUGUACGACGUAGUUGGCUUCGGUUGGCGUCUACAUGCGUGGAAAAGCGAUCACCUCUCGGUUACUUUGAUGAUGACGGAAGGUGUCACAGGAAGAUACGAAUACUGUAUCGAGUUGCUGCACGAAACUGACCACGCCAAGUCGAUUAGGCUGACCCAAAUUGAACAUUUCGAGUGGCACCAAACGGGACCGGUACACGAUUUGAUCGAAAAUGAACGCCUGGUGGACGAGGGUUUUCUGAGUGCCACGAGCGCUACACUGAGGAUCAAAUUCUCCGUCAGGCCUCCAACGAUUGUGAUGAAGAGUCGCUAUCAGCAGGAGUACAUCGACCGAAUGCGCAAAGAUAAUGUCAAUGAGUACGACAGCAACGUUAUUACCAUCUGCAACAUACGGGAUCCCACGACUUCAAUUGUACUAUCCAAGCAGUACACGGACACGGUAGGGUCCAGAUGGCGCCUAAAUGUCUAUCCCAAGGGCAAUAACACCAACUACAGAUAUCUUAGCACCUACGUCGAACUGUGCGACGGUAUUGCAGGAAGAUACCAAUAUAUCGUGGAACUGUUACACAAGGAUGCGCAUCGGCAGGUUAAGUUUCAGUCAGAAGAUCACUUCCGAGUGGGUGAAAUCCGAGGCUACCAAAAGUUCAUUAGGGUUAAACGGGUCCUAGAAGAGGGGUACCUGAAUGAAGAUGGCUCGGUCUACAUUCGGCUAUCAAUUAGACCGUCAACACUGGCUUUGCGAUGUCAGUAUCAAGAAGAAUACCAAACACUCAAGGAGGAGAAGAUUCUGUUUCAGUUCAAUAGCCAGUUAAGUCAACAUUUGACACGUAUCAGGAAUUUACGGGAAGAAAAUGCCGCUUUACAGAGCCUAGCUUAUCCAGAGUACAAUUCGAAUAUUUUUGUGAUGCGUAACUUUACCAAUUUAAGACAAAAUAGUGAGGAUAUCUGCUCUGACAACAGUUACGAUGACUUGGGUUGUUGUUGGCGAUUGAUAGUUCACGCCAACGGAGACAAAGAUGGGCGGGGCGAGUGGCUUAGUGUCUAUCUGCGUUUGCUCGAAGGAAUACCCGGAAGCUACGAUUAUUGUGUGGAGCUACUACACAAUGACGUGUCAAAGACCGUCAAAAUGGAAGGAACGGAAAGAUUUGAGAUUCAGGAGCGGUUUGGAUGGUCCCGAUUUGCUCGGUUGGAUAUGAUUUGUGCGAAUGGGUUCGUUAACGAGGAACACGAUGCUCUCUACUUCCGGUUUUCACUCAGACCUCCUAAUUAUAAGACUAAAUGCGAGUAUCAACAGUUAGUUCGUAUUGAUGCUAAAAGGGAGAAUGAUACGUUAAAGCGUGAACUUAUACCAGAAUUUAAUACAAUUACCUACACGUUGAGAAACUUUUCCGAGCUCCAGCAGAAAGAUGGAUUUGUCUAUUCGGACCCGCUUUGUGAUGAUUUGGGAUUCACCUGGCGACUGUUAAUUUACACCAACGGACAUAAUGAGGGCAGAGGAAACAACUUAAGCGUUUAUUUAAUUUUGUUUGAGGGUGUCUCCGGCAGUCGCUUCGAAUACCGAGUAGAACUACUGCAUCAGAAUCCGACGUCCAACAUCAAAAUGGAGGGCGUAAAUGUGUUCAAACUGAAGAAAAUUUGGGGGUGGCCACAGUAUAUUCAUCACGAACGGCUACGUCAAGAAGCCUACCUAAGCGAGGAUGAUUCACUGGAAUUCCGACUAUCGAUUUGUCCGCCGGAUAUUAAACUGAAGUGCGAAUAUCAGCAAGAGUUUAUUAAAAAGCUUAAGGAAAAUCAAAAGUAGGUUAUUUUAGAAAGUGUGAAUGCGAAAUGUGAUGAAAAUAGAAAGGAAAAACAAACGAAUUCACAUAAAAGUUAUGGACCACGACGAGGAGUGUGUUGACAAGACUAUCCGGGAUAAAAAGUGUGGGUAGGCCAGGUUAUGAAAAUUAAGCAUGGAUCAGCAGAAAAAAAAUCGUACGUGUGACGCGAAAAACAUGAAUUAGUGACACGGGAGCUAAACAAAAAAAUAUUAAACGAACGCAGAAACGGAGGAAAAAAAAUUAAAUAUGUACGUGUAACCGGUCCUCCCUAGAUGCGUGGCGGCUCAACUGCAGAGAUAGAAAGAAAUCGUAUUUUUAGCUUGAAAAUGAAGCAAAUUAUAAACGUUUGAAAAAGCUAGGCGCAACGACAUUUCGAGACGUGCAGCAAGAAGCAUGUCGGAAGUCGGUCUGUCAGGUUGCACAUGGUGAGCCGGGUGGCAAAACGAAAAUACAGAAAAUUCAGUUUGGUUGACGUACAAGUGUUGUUAUUAUUAUAUUAACUGUCAUUUUCGUCUUCAUCCGCGUUCUUCUCGGAUGGUAAAUGAAAUGGAGCAUAUUUUUAUUUAUUCAUACACACCUCAUAUUCUUAUUAAUUUAUCUGUUAAAUUAUUAAACUAUUGCGUAAGCUGACCUGCCAGAAUGUUUCGGUUUCGGAAGAAGUGAACCCACCUUGCGUGACACAAAGUUAAACUGCGAGGAAGUAAUGCAGGAUAGAAAAAAAACGGAAAAAACUAAUCGCACUGCAAAAGAUCGAAUGGACCUCCGUGUGAGUGUGUUAUUUAACGAAAAUUGGUAGCGAAAUGGGAUUUUCGCUCUAGCUUCCAAAUGUGUAUAGAAAAAGUAAAGAAUGAUUAUGAAAUAUCCGUUAUUAGUUAAAUAUACUCUUUCUACAUA